AUGAGGCAAGCAAUUCCAACUUAUCAGGGUAUAGAACAACCACCGAUAGAAAUUAUUCCUCUGUUACAGCAGUCUGGAUUAUACACAGCAAUAAAAUUGUGUAGAAUCAAUAUCAAUGGAGGAAUUGUAAAUGCCUUUGUUGAAAGGUGGAGGCCAGAGACACACACCUUUCAUUUGACGUGCGAGAAUGCCACCAUCACACUACAAGAUGUGUCUGUGUUGGUAGGUCUUCCUGUGGAUGGCAAUCCUUUAAUUGGAAGCACAAAUAUUGAAGGGAUUAAUAUGUGUGAACAAUACCUUGGAGUUAGGCUAAAUGCUAAUGCAUUAGCUAACGGAAACACAUUGAAAUUAAGCUGGUUGGCUUCAGAGUUUGCAAAUAUUCAGGACUAUGUGGACGACGAAGAGCACCUCAAAAUAUUUGCACGUGCUUGGAUUUUGAGAUUUAUUGGAGGUGUCAUGUUGGUGGAUAAAAGUAGUAAAAGAGUCUCUAUGAGAUAUUUACAAUUUAUGGUAGCUUUUGAAGAAUGCAGUACUUAUGCGUGGGGAACUGCUGCAUUGAGUUAUUUAUACAGAGAGAUGUGUAAUGCAACAGAUUAUAAUGUGCAAUUUAUUGGUGGUUGCAUUCUCUUAAUUCAAUUGUGGGCAUGGGAACGAUGCCCUAAAUUAGUCCCAUCGAUUGUGUCUCCACAACAACAAAACAAUCCACUUGGCUAUAGAUGGUUACAAAACAAAAAUCCUCAUAUUGCUAGUGAUAGUGUGGAACACUAUCGUUUUAAAUUAGACACCAUGAAAAGGGGCGAGUUUUUGUGGGACCCUUACUCCGAAGAAGUCCAAGCAUUGUUGAAUGGCAUCAGCCAAAUAGAGUCAUGA